AUGAGAAAGAGAAGUGGCUCUGGAGGAGGAGGAGAGGGGGAGGAGCAGUGGGAUGGCAGCUGGAAGAGGGAACAGCUCCCUCUGCACCCCGCGGUCCACAGUGCAAGGCUCCGGAGAGGGUCGUGCUGUGGCCGUGACACUGACACCCGCCUAGGAGAGACCUGCAGACUGAUCCUGGACCUGGACCUGGACCUGGUCUUCUCCUCACACACCUUCAAAACUACAAAAGUCCUUUUUCCUGCCUUGAUGAGGUGUAACCGCACCGACGGAAUGCCUCGAGGAGAUUUCAACAUCUACUUUUCCAGCGGCCGCGGAGGAUACGUCAGAGCAGAGGAGGCGGUUGGCAUCACUCUGCUGGUGAUCAUUCUGGCGGCUCUUCUCCUGGUGGGUUGCUGGUAUUUCAAAAAGAGGAGCGGAUACAAAAUACUUGGGAACUCCAGAUCCGGAUCUCCUGGUUUCACUCGAGUGUACUCGGAACCAGGAACGUCAGGAGAGAACAAGAUGGCCCUCACGGACUUUGGAAGCUUCAGGAAUGCAGUUCCAAAUGCUCCUCCGGCAUAUGAUAAGAUCUCCUCUGGACAGCUGCCUCCUCCAUACUCCCCCUGA